CUCAACAAAUCAAAUGACGUGAAACAAAUCAUUCCUUCACCAGGAGCGAUGUCUCUACAAGCUGCCCAAACGACGCCCCCUCGAGAAGCUCCAGAACUUUCAUCAGCAGCAUACACCAUGAGAAGCAAACUCGAGGAGGAAGAAGAAGGAGAACCCGAGAACGUGUGGGAUUGCGGGAGUCCCUUGUACGAUUCCUAUGAACUGGCUUCGCUCGGCCACCUUCUCGACCGGAACAUGAUGGCCUUGUCGGUGUCCUGGCCCGAGUCUCAGCUAUCAUCUCCAUCGAAGUGCCACGAUUCCGGGUCCCCCGUGAAAGCGGAAGCUUCCUGCAAGCAGAGAUCGUCGGCCAAGUCGUCGGGCAAGAAGGUGGCGAGGAUGUUCAGAAGCGGGUUCAGUGCUUUUGUUCGUUCUGUAAUGAAGAACAACUAAAUCAGAAGAAACUCUAGGGUGGUUAUCGGAUCGAGUACAUUGCUCAUAAGCUCGAGUGUGAUGCUUCUCUGUGUCUAUAAAUCUUUUGGUUGUUUGCCAUUGAACUGAAUAAUUUCAAUAAACUCCGUUUGUUUAUUUAUAAUUUUUUUUUUCGCGGAAUAAAAUGGAUGAAUUUGGAUUAUUUUUA